AUGAUUGGGACACUCCACCUGGGAAAUUACUUUGGUGCUAUCCAGCAGUGGGUUAAUCUGCAAAAUGAGGGCCAUGAUACAUUUUUCAGCAUUGUGGACCUUCAUUCUCUCACCAUACCUCAGACCUAUUCAUCAAGAGGGGAGAUGUAUGAUCGGAUCAUGGAGGUGACAGCUUGCUUACUAGCUUGUGGAAUUGAUCCCAGCAAAAGUGUUCUCUUCCAGCAAUCACAUGUAAAGGAGCAUGUGAGUUUGGCAUGGGUUCUUGGAUGCCUCACAACAUUACCUCGCCUGGGUCAACUCCCCCAGUAUAAGGAGAAAAGUGCAACCCUGAAGGACAUCCCUCUUGGCCUUUAUACAUAUCCUGUUUUACAAAGCGCUGACAUCCUUCUAUACAAGGCGGAGUUGGUGCCUGUGGGGUCUGACCAAGUGCAGCACGUUCAAUUGGCCCAACACCUAGGGAGGACUUUCAAUACCCGAUUCCACUCGUCCCUCUUCCCACGCCCCUCGUCUCUCAUCCUCGGUCUGUCUUUCUUUCACAGAACCUCUCAUGCCUUCAUAUACAUGGUCAUAGAGGAUGAAGGAGGGAGUCGUAUCCGGAGCCUGAGGUGUCCAGAGAAGAAAAUGUCCAAAUCCGAGGCGGAUCCAAAGAGUCGGAUUCUCCUGACGGAUCCUCCAGAUCUUGUGAGGGAAAAAGUGAAGAAGGCUGUGACAGAUUUCAUCUCUCGCCUCUCUUACGAGCCUGAGAAGAGAGCCGGUGUGAGUAAUCUGCUCCUCCUUCACUCCCUUGUCUCAGGGGAAACCAUCCAGGACAUAGUGGAACGUGUGAACAGUCAUGGAAUGGACACGGGGAAAUAUAAAGGAGUUGUGGCAGAGGAUAUCAUAGGAUUUCUUCAACCAAUUCAGUCCAGAAUCCGAGAUUAUCUCAAUGAUCCUGAGUAUUUGAGGGACACCCUAAAAUCCGGAGCUAGAAAAGCUGAGUCUGUCGCUAGGGAGACCUGGGAUCAGGUCACCAGGGUCGUUGGUCUGUCCCCAUCAUGAGUGAUGAUCUAGUUUGAAUAAAGUUAUUUUCUUCAAC